AUGAAGUUAGAAAGAUAUAUCUUAAUAUUCUGUGCUUCCUCCCUCUGUGGAGCAUCGCCAAUAUCUGCUCUUUGGAAAAGGCUGAGUGGAGAAUCUCCGUCAGAAUUGCAAGCCACCAAUGCAACGGCCUUCACAUACCCACAACUUAGUUCAGCGGAACGCUUCCCUAUGGAAACGUGCCAAGGCAUAACCCUCGAAGAUGGCACGAUUGACCAACUCCAGGGCUACCUGGAACAAGGCGUUUUGACUUCACAAGACCUUGUUCGCUGUUAUCUGAACCGCUUUCUCCAGGUCAACAGCUAUGUAAACAGCAUAAUGCAGAUCAAUCCGGACGCACUUUCUAUUGCAGCAGCAAUGGAUGAGGAAAGGGCGCAAGGACUUGUACGGAGUCCUUUGCAUGGAAUCCCGUUUGUCGUCAAAGAUAAUUAUGCCACUAAAGACAAGAUGGAUACAACGUGUGGCUCCUGGUCAUUGAUGGGCUCGAUUGUUCCUAGGGACGCCCACGUUGUCGCCAAGCUGAGAGAUGCGGGUGCAGUUUUAUUUGGACACUCGACACUGAGCGAGUGGGCUGAUAUGCGCACCUCUCAUUACUCGGAAGGAUACUCUGCGCGCGGUGGACAAUCGCGUUCUCCUUUCAAUUUGACUGUUAAUCCAGGUGGGAGUUCCUCCGGAAGCGCGGCAGCUGUUGCGGCGAACAUGAUCAUGUUUAGUCUCGGUACCGAAACUGACGGAAGCAUCAUUGACCCAGCAAUGAGAAAUGGUGUGGUCGGCUUCAAGCCUACCGUAGGGUUAACUUCUAGAGCCGGGGUAAUUCCCGAGUCAGAACAUCAGGACUCCACUGGGUCAAUUGCUAGGACGGUAAGAGACGCCGUGUAUGCUUUCCAAUAUAUGUGGGGAGUUGACUCUAGGGACAACUAUACUCUCAACCAGACGGGAAAUGUUCCUGAAGAUGGCAAUUAUGUGAAGUUUCUUUCCGACAAGAGUGCUUUGGCCGGUGCGAGAUUUGGACUUCCUUGGGAAAAGCUAUGGAGUCUGGCGAAACCAGAUCAGGUUGAAAGGCUUCUAGAAGUCGUGGAGCAGCUAAAAGACGCCGGAGCAAUUGUGUACAAUAGCACCAAUUUCGGAAACCUCGACGUAAUCUCAAGCCACGGGUGGAAUUGGCAAAUGGGGCGCACUAACGAAAGCGAGUUUACCGUGGUAAAAGUCGAUUUCUAUAACAAUAUUCAGGCGUACCUCAGUGAGCUACAAAACACAGAAAUCAGAUCGUUAGAGGAUAUUGUGGAGUAUAACGACAGAUACACUGGAACAGAGGGCGGCAUCAAUGGCACAGUUCCUGCUUUUAAGUCUGGUCAGGAUUCGUUUUUGGACUCUCUCGCCUGGGGCGGGGUCAAGAACGAAACCUAUUGGCAAGCGGUUGAAUUCGUUCAAAGAACCUCUAGGGACGAAGGAAUCGAUUACGCGUUGAACUACACAGAUCCUAACACAGGCGAAAAUUUUCAAUUAGAUGCUCUUCUUGUUCCGAGUGGCCUUUCUAUUACAUACCAGCAAGCUGCUAAGGCAGGAUAUCCUAUGGUGACACUUCCAGUGGAUGUUGAUGAAACAAAUGGCAGACCUUAUGGUCUCGGGCUCAUGCAGAGUGCCUGGGGAGAGCCUAAACUCAUCACUUACGCUUCUGCAAUUGAGGAUUUGUUGAAUGUCAAACUCAAACCACAAUUUUACGAUUACUUGGCGAAAAAUAUACCUGUGGUUUGA